AAACACCUCCUCUUCCUGCUUUUCUCAGUUCUCCGUUCUGCUUUUCUCUGCUCCCGCGUUACUCAUGUUGGAUUUACCUUUCUAUUAUAUGUAUAGGUGCAGUUGCACCUGAGCAGUCUGAGCCACACAGUUCCAGUUUGUUUUUAAUCGUAUCUGUUUGUGGACAUUGCUCUUUGCUUGAUUUUUAUUUUUCCCGCCUGUUCCCUGUUUGUGUCUCACUGCUUCCCUCACAUCUCCCUCAGCAGCCUUUUCCUGCAUUACUUCUAACAAAAGUUUCAUUUCUUGGUCAUGGAUGAUUUUGUAAGAACCAAACUGCUUGAAUGGGGGCUAAGUGAGUGGGUGGAGAAAUUUAAAGAUAAAGAAAUUGAUGCAGACAGUCUGUAUGAUCUUGAUGAUCAAGAAAUUGAUCAUGUGAUCACAAAAGCUGGACCAAGAGUGAAAUUCAAGAAGAACCUCAGGCUGUUAAAGUGUAAACAGGAGCAAGAAGCAGCUGAUUUGGCUCAGGUCUUUCCAUCCACAAGUGAUACAGGAAAGAGAAAAUCGGAUCUUCAAAGUGACCCCAGCAGGUUACAGUCACCAGCUAAGCGACAACGUCUGUCUGUGUCGGGAUUUGUAGAAUCAAUCAUACUGUCUGAUGCAAAAAGCAUCAUGACAUUUGUACAUGCCAGACUACAUCACCAAGACCAACUCUGUGCUUUCUUGAAGAAAAAGAUCAGUGAUUUGGAGACAGACAAGAGGGAGCUGGUUGGUGUCUUUGGUAAAACUGGGGCUGGAAAGAGCUCUUUGAUAAAUGCCAUUAUUGAAGAGAAGAAUCUUUUACCCUCAGGAAGUAUCAAUGCCUGCACCUCAGUCAUGAUUAAAUUGGAAGCUAACACCUACAGCUCAAAGUAUGAGGCAGAAAUUGAGUUCAUCACAAAAGAGGAGUGGAACGAUGAGUUGUGGUCAUUUCAUCAGUUUUUUUGCAAAAAUGGAGAUCACGAAACGGAAGAUAAUGAUGAUUAUCUUGAUGCUGUGGAAAAGCUGUCAGCAGUGUAUGGAGAAGAAUGGAAACAAAAGUCUUCUGAAAACCUCAUGGAGAGCAAAUAUUUCAAAGCAAUUCCAGAAUUUCUCCAAUCCAAGAGGAAGAUUUUGACAUGUGAAUCGGCUAAUGAACUCUGUGCAAAAGUUGUCAAGUACACAAGAAGUGAUUCAAAACAAGGAGAAGGUAAUGAAGGAAAAAAGUGGUUUUGGCCACUAGUGAAGUGUGUGACUGUCAGGGUGCCAAACAAUCCUUUUCUCCAGCAUGUCACACUUGUGGACCUUCCUGGAAAUGGUGACUGUAACAAGAGCAGAGAUCAGAUGUGGAAAGGGAUAGUUGGAGAUUGUUCUACUGUGUGGAUUGUGACUGAAAUUAAUCGAGCAGCAUCAGAGAAAGAGGCCUGGGAGAUCCUGGAAAGUGUCAGUAGUCUGAUUGGAAAUAGUGGCGAAUGUCAGCAAAUUCAUUUUAUUUGCACCAAGUCUGAUCUUCUUGAUGACUCAGAUGAUCUUUCAUCAGCUGAUUUCCAUGAUCUACUAACUGAAAGAAAUGUGCAAGCCAAGGAUGCAAUAAAGAAAGAAUUCAACAAGCAAAGCAAGAUUAAGAAACACUUCACUGAUGACACUUUCAAAGUGUUCACAGUGAGCUCCAAAGAGUUCCUAAAAGAAAACUACUUAAGUCCAGAAGAUACUGAAAUAACCAAACUUCAGAGAUUUUUGCAAGAUCUCAAUGACUGUCACUCAGAGACAGUAAACUAUGUGAAGGGAGCUCACGGGAUUCUGUCUUUAAUUCAAGGCGCCAACUCCAGAGGAGUGGAUAGUAAAAAAGGCGAGGUGUGUGAAGAACUUGAGAUAAACAUGAGCCUCCAACUUGAUAAUGUCAGAAAAGAAAUGGAAGACACCUAUACAGCUUUUAAAAAAUGUCUUGAUGAUGGUGUUGAGAAAUCCAAAUGUUCAUAUGGAGAAAAACUCAAGAACUUCUUGUAUGAUGGAAAGAAUGGUGGUGCUUUUUACAAUUUACUGAAGUGUGUUGUUGAGAAUGGUGGCAUCUACAAACCAAAAAAAGGGAAACCAAUUAACCUUAAUAUGAAGUUGGCUUCCUGUCUGAUUGACAGCAUUGGUGCAGAAUUCAGAAAGACCUUUCCAAAUGAAGUAACAUGUGGAGCAUUCAACGGAGUCAUCAAGACAUUUUCACUUGACACUGAUUCUCUAAUUGAAAAGUACAAAAAUGCUGAACUGCAGCUCAGAUUUCUCAAGACAGAGGAAGAAAAUAUUAAGGCAAGACUGAGCAGAAUCAUCCAGAAACAGAAGAAAAAUGUCUACAGCAGUCUGACAGAGACAAUUGAGAACAUUAUGGAAGAAGGCUAUUGCAAGGCUUUAGCAUUUACAGGAGAAGACACACUGUACAACAUGAGGGAGACUAUUGAGAACCAUGUGCACUCAAAGGAGGACAUGUUUGAGCAGGCAAAAAAUACCAUGUUGGGGAAGUUGCACGAUUUGAUGGUAUACGUCUUGGAGACUCUGGAGAAAACUAUGAAGGAAUCUAUUGGACUUUCAUUCACGGCUGAAGAGUGCUUACUCCCAGAUGUUUCAACAGAGCUUGAGAUGGUGAAGAAAUAUUAUAAUCAACUUGUAGGCACUCCAGAUAAUGAAAUAUCACUAACUCUGUAAAUCCUAAUGUUAUCAACUGAAUUAAAUUAAUGUUUUUAAUUUAAAAAAUGUCAAUGUUUUUUGUUUUUAAAAAUGUUAAAAUUUGUUUUAAGUACAUAUGCUGAUCAUCUUAGAGGCUGCAAUUAGUCCAUUUUAGGGAUUCGUGUAGUGUGAGGAUUGUUAAAAGCAAUAUUAAGACAUAAAAUGUAAAUAAUUCAUAUCUUCCAUUUGUCAUUGUUCAGUAUCACACCUGUCUUGUUGUGUUUAAGCAGUACUAAUUCUAAAACUAUUUAUGCAUUUUGACUGAUGCUGUUUAAAAAGCUUGAGAAUAUAUUUUUUAUGUCCUUGAUCUGCUUACCCUGUGUUACAGUUUUUCUUAUUAAAUCAUUACAUGACAUUAUGGAGUUGUGUAAUGUUUAGAUUAUUUCUUGUAUUCUUCCUCUCAGUGCAUUUAGUCAUGUUGUCUUGUUGGUUUAGAGCUUAAUUUCUCCCUUGGUGUUCCAUAGUCCUGUGUUAAGAAAAAUUUAUUUCCUCUUUGGUUCUUGACUUUUUCUUUAAAGUUUUAGGAUCCAAACUUACUAAAAAAUCCUGCUCCAUAACAAAACAAACAUACAAAAACCCAUUACAUUACAGUUUUUGGAAAUAUGAAAUCACUAUAAUAGUGUAGAAAUGUGUAUUUAAACAUGUUUACAUUGACAGAAAUUGGAGUUUCUAUGGUUUGACCCAUCUGUGAUAGAAGUGAGCUGAAUGUGGCCUACGAUGAAAAAUGCGUUUUACAUCCUGUGAGGCCUUAAGCCUCGUUAACGUUUGGUGGGCCUGUUUUUAUUUCCUUUUUGUUCAGGCCAUCAUUAGUGGCUCCUCCCAUCCAUUAUGAGAAAAGGAGUUCACCUGUUUGGGAACCUAUGUAAGGUGAUAUACUUUUAAGAUGUCGGCCACCCUCCCCCUCCUCUAAGAAGGCUGGGGCUUUUCUGGCACCCAAUUUAGGUUGGGUUUUUUUUUUUCUUGCUGUUGUUUUUUUCGCUUUUUGUCACAUUCCUGGGUCUGUUGACCCAGCGUUUUGAGUUUUAGUUUAUUUUGAUGUUUAUGGUUUGUUUCUACUUCAGUAGGUUAUCUAAGCUCAUUUGUUUAUUUAGAUUCCACUUGUGUCUUCUACCCCUGUGUUUUAGUCUCCUUUUUCCCUUUAUGUGUUUCACGCUGCGUGUCUUAGGUUGUCAAGGUUAUAUUGUCUUGUCUGUGUCUCAUGUUUCCUGUUUUAUUUUGAAGGUCUGUGUCCUAUGUCAGUGUAGUCAGCUUUGCUUCCUUUGUCUCGUUAUGUCAGACCAGUGUCAGCUGUUUCCCCAUGUUUUUCCACUUCCCCUAAUCACCCUUGUGUGUAUUUAGUCUGUGUGUUUCUGUUCAGUCCUUGUCAGGUCGUCUGUUGUCCACGCCAUGUUUCUCACGCCAUGUAUUCAAGUUUCAUGUCUAGGUUUUUCUUGUUGUUUGUUUAGUUCUCCCAGUUUAGGUUAUGUUAGUUUUA